CCUAGCACCUUGCCUAGUAUAUAGUUGGUGCUCAGUAAAUGUUUAUUGAUUGAUUGCCUGGGCCAUUGCAUUAGUCUCUUAAUUAAAGACCUCCCUAUUUCAAGUCUCUCCCCUCAUCGAUUUAUUUAGCAAUGAAUGCUUUCAAAAGUCACGCUAAGACCGCAGAUCUGACCUUCCCAUUCUUGCAUUCCUGCAUUCAGAAGCCAUCAGUGGCUUCCCAUUGCUUAUAAGAUACAAAUUCCUCAGCCCGGCUUUAAAGGCACUCCACAAUCUAGUUACAGCCUACCUUUUCGGACCUAUUUCAUAUUAUUCCCCCAUUAUAUACUACCAAAAUGCCCUAGCUAUUUCCUGAACUGGACUGUCAAAUCGUCCAAGUACCUGGAAUGCAGUCCUUUCUCCAACCUGGCUCUUAGAAUCCUUAUUUUCCUUCAAGACUCAUUUCAGUUUGCUUCCCAUGUUCCUGUCAAACCCUGGAAGGGGACCAAGGAGACCAGGCAAUGAUAGCUGAGCUCCUGUCAGCCAGGCCCAGGAUUUCCAGUGACCAAGUCUGAUGAGAUCUUCUGGCUGAGCAAGGGGAAGAACCAUGGGUAAAGGCCAUUCAGAAAGCUAAGGAGAAAGAGAUCCUGUGGAGACAAUUUCGCUCAGACUGUGAAACCAGGACUAAGAAUAAAGAAUUGGCUCCAAAACAGGAAAUUUCUGAUGAGAUGGGGUUCUACUGCUCACUAUUAGAAAGACCUAAAAGGAUACUCCCCAAGGAUCAAAAUUUGAGAAGCCAGUGAAUAUGAGGGCAUAUCAGAGAAAAAUUGUUGGUUUUCUGUAGGGAAGAGAAUGGAAAAAUUACUUUACUAGAAGAGAGGAUUCAGGUCAGUGACAAUGAUCCACCAUAUGCCCUAUACAAGGGUGACCAGCCAGGAACAUAAUGAAUUUAUGAGAAGCCUUGGUCUGGGCUCAGACCCUAUUAGAUAUCUCAGAGUUUCUUCAGGAGGGACAUUGCAGGAGUAUGAUAAAAUGAGUCAAAGAUUCAAGCCAAAUUCAGACCCAAUUAAGUACCAGAAAGACAUUAUGGUAGAGAAAUCCUGUCAAUCUACUGGAUAUCAGAAAGCAUUCAGGCAAAGCUCUACUCUCUGUGAACUACAGGGAAUUCAUACUAUAGAGGUUACCUGUGACUAUAACAGUCAGAAGGCUACAACCACUGAUCAUCAGAAAAUUCACUCUACAGAGAAACCUUAUCAGUGCUGUGAAUGUGGCAAACACUAUACCAGAAAGUCUUUGCUUAAUAGACAUAAACAGAUUCACACUGGAGAAAACCUCUAUGAAUGCACUGAAUGUGGGAAAACUUUCAGUCAAAGCUACAACCUCAUUAGACACCAGAGAAUUCACACAGGAGAGAAACCCUAUGAGUGUAAUGAAUGUGAGAAAGCCUUCAGUGAGAGUUCAAGGCUCAUUAAACACCAGAGAAUUCACACAGGAGAAAAACCCUAUGAAUGUAAUGAAUGUGGGAAAGCCUUCAAUGAUCCAUCAAACUUUAUUCAGCAUCAGAGAGUUCAUACUGGAGAGAAACCCUAUGCAUGUAAUGCAUGUGGGAAAAGCUUUAGUGAUGCCUCAAAUCUUAUUCAGCAUCAAAAAAUUCAUACAGGAGAGAAACCCUAUGAGUGUAAUGAAUGUGAGAAAGCCUUCAGUGAGAGUUCAAGGCUCAUUAAACAUCAGAGAAUUCACACAGGAGAAAAACCCUAUAAAUGUAAUGAAUGUGGGAAAACCUUCAAUGAUCCAUCAAACUUUAUUCAGCACCAGAGAGUUCAUACUGGAGAAAAACCCUAUGCAUGUAAUGCAUGUGGGAAAAGCUUUAGUGAUGCCUCAAAUCUUAUUCAGCAUCAAAAAAUUCACACAGGAGAGAAACCCUACGAAUGUGGUGAAUGUGGAAAAGCUUUUAUUAUGAAUUCAUCCCUCAUUAGACACCAGAGAGUUCACACUGGAGAAAAACCAUAUAAAUGUAAUGAAUGUGGGAAAGCUUUCAGUCAGGGUUCAAGCCUUAAUAAACAUCAGAGAAUACACACAGGUGAAAGACCCUACAAAUGUAACGAAUGCGGAAAAGAUUUCAUCCAGAGUUCAGGCCUCCUUCGCCACCAGAGAAGUCACACAGGAGAAAAACCAUAUGAGUGUAAUGAAUGUGGGAAAUCCUUCAGCCAGAAUUCAGUCCUUGUUAGACAUCAGCGAAUUCACACAUCAAAAAAAAAAGAAUCCACAAAAUGGAAUGGGUCGCCUUGGGAGGCAAAGUACAGGAGGGAAUAGAUGACUUUGGAGUUUGUUCCAACCCUGUGGUUCUUUGAAUAUGGGAAGUUUUCACCGUGAAGGGACGUAGUAGGUGCUAUAUUGGAUUUCAUAUUAGAAGGAAUACCUGUGAAUAUAGAAGAUAAAAGAAUACCUUCAUUUGCAGGGAAUAUGAAAACACCUUCAUUUGCAGAGAAGUUGAGAAAGCCUUCAUUUGUAAAGAACAUAAGAAAGCCUUCAUUUUGAGUUCUUACACCAGAAAACUCAUACUGGAGACUGAAUAUGUUGUGGAUGGAAAGCCAUUCAGUAAAUGAAAUAUCUUAUUCCAUAUCUUAGAAUGAACACUUGAGGCACUGUGUAAAUAAAAUUAUUGCGUCCAAGUCUUUACACAGUACCUUAUCCAGCUUUAUUAAGCAUCGAGUAGUUAUUCUGAAGAGACAGCCUAUGGCAAAUCUUCCAAGUAGUGAAUUUUAUUUAGCAAUUUUCAUUUUCUUAGGAUUAGUUUUGCCUCCUAGAAUGUUGCAUAUAUUGCCUGCCAAUAGGUGGCAGCAUGGUUCCCUUCACGUGAAUUGAACUAUAGAGAAAAUGUUUUGACUUAUUUUCAGUGUGGCUCUCCAGCUCCCACAGAUUUCAUUAUAAAUUUUCACCCUAUUAUGUUUUUAAAAAUUAUUCAUUUAAGUUAUUCAGCCAUAACCAAACAAUAUGCUUUAAAGUAUUUUAGAGUAAGCCGUUUAAGCUACCAAACUCUAAGAUGUAAUUGAGUAUAUUUCUUCAUUCUAUCUCUGUUGUAAUUUUUACAUUUCUUCCCUUUUUUUAAUCCCUGUACUCACCUGCAGAGAAGGAGAUUUUACCCUUUUCAGUCACAUAUUAUGAUGUUUAGUGGCAGCUAGGGUUAGUAGAUUAAAUAUUGGAAGACCUGAGUUCAAAUGUAGCCUCAGACCUUUCCUAAGGGGGAUCCUAGCCAAGUUACCUCUGUUUGUCUCAACUUCUUGUCUGUAAAAUGGGGAUAAUAAUAGCACUUCCUUCCCAGAAUUGUGAAGAUAAAAUGAGAUAUUUGUAAAGUGCUUUGCAAACUUUGAAGUGCUAUAUGAAUACUAGCUAAUAUUUUUUUAUUUCUAUUAUUACUAAGUGAAUUGGCAUGGACCUGGAAGAAAGUCUUUAAUAACAUUCAUCAAUGAGCAUUUGUUAAGCACCUACUGUGUGCCAGGCACUCUGAAGAGGCACUGGGGGUAUAAAGAAAGAAACAGUCCAUGCCUGUCAAGGAGCUUACCUUCUAUUGGUAUAAACAAAAUAAAUACAAGGCAAUUUGGGGAAAGUCUUAGGAGCUGGGAGAUGGGGGUGUCAGGAGAGGUUUUAUAUAGACCUCUGGAGCUGAUUCUUAAAGGAAACAAGUGAUUCUAAGAGGAAGAAGUAAGGAGGGAGUGGAUUUCAGGCAUGAAAUCAUCACAGUGUGAAUGCAUUGAGAUGGGAGAUGGGGCACUGUGUGUGAGGAGUAGCAAAGACAAUUUGGUUGGACCAUAGUGUGCAGGAAAGGGAGUGAUGCAUAAUAAGAUUGGAAAAGCUAUUUGAGUCAGGCUAUAAAGAACUGUAAAUGACAAAUCAAAGAGAUUUUAUGUAAUCCUAGAGACAAUUUUGGAGCCACUGGAGUAUACUAAUGGAUAAAGGGGUCAGAUUGGCACUUUAGGGAAAUCACUUUGCAGCUGUGUGGAGAAUGAAUUGGAGAGGGAAGGGACUUCAUACAAGAAGACCAAUUAGAAGACUGUUGUAAUGGUUCAGGCAAGUGGUGAUUAAAGACCUAAAGGAGGGUUCUGGUCAUGUGAGUAGAAAGAAGAAUUACUAUGAGCUAUUGUGGAGGUAGAAGUGAAAAAAUUUGGCAAUUAAAUGGAUAUUUAGCAUGGAGGAUGCCCCAGAAUCUGAUUCUGGUCCUGUUGUGUUCCAUGAAUUAAGAAACAUUUAGUAAGCACUAUAUGGCAGGUCCUGUGCUGAGGAUAAAAAGAUUAAAAAAAAGAAAAGAAAAGAAGAAAAAUAAUCCCCAUCCUGAAGGAACUUACAUUCUUUUAUUUAUUUAUU